CAUAUGCUGAACUCUUGAAUGAACAAAGCAGGGCUUCAAUUAAACAAAUGUUGAUGAUUAUUUCAGCGCGGUACGAUGUUGUUAAGUAUAUACUACGGGCGACUUACAUUGUAAUAAUUAACAAGUUGGCUUUCGUAUAGGUAGCCAUCAACCAUGCCAGAGAACUUUGGCUACAUCGUUGAUGUAAUGUGGACUAUGUACUACACAACUUUGAUCUCGAUAUCAAUACACAGUUUGGGCCAACAAACAGUUUAUCAGCGAUUCAGCCAAUCAAUGACGUAUAAUUACCACCCGCUUAAUAGACGUUUCUGCACGACACUAAGGCGCACGAAGAGUCACGUACAAGGUGCUCACGUUCAGGGCGGCCGGAAUACAUAGUGCGACUUUGCCCGUGGCACGAAGUUUUGAAGAUGCUUCAUACUGUGCCUACAAAUGCGCACUCGAUUGGUCGAUAGGGGUGCAGGAAUCGAACGCAUGCCACGACAAACUGCCCAGCUUUUUGGUAGUUCAAUUUCAGCAGAGUGGGGUACAGCUGACAAACCGAGCUUGGGCGUAUGUAGAUUGAAAUUGUGAUUUGUCUACAGUCAAGUUCAGUCUGAUUUGUAAGCCUGAAGUGUGCGCUUUCGCUUUUUUGACAUCCGUUGGAUAUGUUUUGAAUACCAGCUAUCGGAAGUAACGCGUUUGUUUUGGACAUGCUGAAUUGAUAGGAAUUUUAUUCAAGUUUGAAGUGCCAUUUGAAGCGUGAUCAACGUGGUGAAGAUGAAGGCAACGAACUUUAUACUUUUGUUAUGUUUGGUUCACCUGACAACAGCGAAGCCAUUUCUCGAAAACUUACUGAUUCAAGUUGCUCAUUCCCUGUCGUCGUCAACUCCUGACGAUCCCAAUUCGCACGUGAGUGACUUUCGCGCCCAGCCUAGGGCGGACUCGCGUUCCGAAAAUUAUGAAGUCGAACCCAUGGAUGAUGAUGACAAAAAUAGCACAGUCACUGAACAACAGGACGAAUCGUUGUCACCCACUCCAGCUCCGGGAAUCCUUUCCAAUGUGAAAGGAUUUCGGUUGUUUCCGUGGCAGAGAAGCGAUAACAAUAGCACCGAGUUGUAUUCUGAUAUAAUUGGCAACAUAAUUGGAUCAGCACGUGAACGGAUCACGGCUGCCUUUCAGCGUCUUAUUUCUCCUUUGCAACGACAUCGACAACUGUAUCACCGCCAACAAGAACAAAUGCAGCCGCACCAAAGCGAUGCCCCAAGCGAAAACUUAAUGAAUUCACUUAUUAAGAAUGAAACGAGCAAAACCGACAGCAGUUCAACAACUGUAGCGACCGUUGUCGAAGAUGAGUUCAAAUUGUCUUCCAAUGCAAGCGAGCUUCCAUCGCAAGAAAAAAUGAAUCACGACGAAUCAGCUACAAAAGACAAAGAAAUCUCAUCAGAUGCAGUUGAUCAGAUGGCGGAAAACAAAAACAAUGACCAAGUUGAAACUAGUUCGGAAUUUGUUGGAUUAGCAUUGCCUAUUGAGGAAUCUAACCACCAGCCAAAAGUAUCAUUUCAUCUCGACAGCGAUUAUGCUUUCGAAGCAAAUGAGUCUGGAAUUAUUGGUCCUAUUCAGGCAGAAAAAGGGUUUCUAGCGAAAAGAUUAGAACACAUUUCCAAAAGGCUAAAUGAGACUCGCAAUCAAUUUCGAGCUAGAACAAUACAAGCCGUCUCUUCGUUGGUCCCCCUCGUACAACUAGUCGCCGAGCGCAGGAGGAGAGGCCGCAAAAUCGUCAAUUCAUUGGAAACAGAAACGACAAGUGGAGGCUCGGUGGGAAAUUAUGGCACAGCAAAAAAUAAUGAAGAAAAUAAUUUUCCUUUACCGCCGCAUUUAUCUCGUCUGUCGAGUAAUUUAUUGGCCCUGCAUCCCAGGAGCAAGGAACGACGAGCUGCCCUAGUGUUUCAGAACGCAUUCAACAACUAUGCUCAACUAGUAAUUAAUGGUCGAAACGCAUCUACAGGCGAUGGAAAUUCAAUCUCGAACACGAUUGAACAAAAAGACGGAAAUGGCAAUUAUUCUGCUGGCGGGGAUGCAGCAGGUGACGGUGUCAACAUCGGCGGUGUUGGUGAGGAAGGCAGCGCCAACCACGUUGACGGCGACAACGCAGACAACGACGACAACGACGACGACGACGAUGACGAUGCCAACGAUGACGACGAUGAGUAUGGAAACAAGGACGACAUUGGAAUCGCCGGUACCGUCUCCGCUGCCGCCGGUGAGGAAGUCAUUGAUAACAACGUCUCUAGCCGUGCGAGCCGUAUUUCAGCCACCGAACGAAUGAACAUGCAAAGCAUGGCAACGGUUGGAAUAUUAAUUCUUGAAGUGUUCGGUUCAAUAGCAGGCUUAACCUGGGGUGCAUUCAACCAACUACAAUUGCUUUUUCCGUAGUUCAGAGUUCCAGUGCCAUUGUGAUUCGUGUCCUCGAAGGGAGAUUUAAUCGCAGUAAUGCCUCCGUCGUUAUUGUUGCUGGGUUGGGUUGUGCUUUGGGACGGCUCCACACCAACCCCCACCGACCCCACGAUAACGAUCAAACUUGGAAUAUUUUGCUAAUAGUGAAAGUGUGAUAAUGCAUAAUAGAUAAACUAUCAUGUUGUAAAUAUACUAAUUGUUAUAUAUGGAAUAAGAUGACAAAAUAUAA